GCAUGCGACCGCAGAGAGAGAGAGAGAGAGGGGGUUACAUCAGCGCCCUAGGCACUAGCGGUUUGCGGCAGCCUUCCUGCGGCACCGCGGCGCGUCAAAACUUGCAGCCGGACGGUGUCCACACUCUCUCUUAUCUCUUCAUCCCGCUCUUAACCGUGCUAAGCCCCUCUUAGCCCUCGCCUGCCAUAACUCGAGAGAGCACCCGCUGCACAGGCCAGGCACAAGAAACACCUGCCGCCGGCCGCCGCCGCUGCUGGCCGACGACGGCCAUGGACUUCGUUGACCACGACGACGUCGACGAGGAGAUGACGCCGAUGCCCGUGAGCUCCAGCUACGAGACCCCGCCGCUGGCGGCCGGGUUCGGCGGCGCGGCGCCGCCCAAGCCGCCCGGCGAGCCCGUCCCCCUCGCCAAGGCCCCGGGGGGCCACGGCGGCGGGGGCAGGUACCGCGAGUGCCUCAAGAACCACGCCGUCAACAUCGGCGGCCACGCCGUGGACGGGUGCGGCGAGUUCAUGGCCGCCGGCGAGGAGGGCACGCUCGACGCGCUCCGCUGCGCCGCGUGCAACUGCCACCGCAACUUCCACCGCAAGGAGUCCCCGACCUCCGAGGGCUCGCACGUCUCCCCCGCCGCGCUGGUCGCCUACGGCGCCGCGCCGCACCACCAGUUCUCGCCCUACUACCGCACCCCGGCCGGCUACUUCCACCACCACCAGCCGCUCCACAUGGCCGCGGCGGCCGCCGCGCACGCGCCGCGGCCGCUGGCGCUGCCGGCCACCUCCCACAGCGGGCGCGACGACGGCGAGGACCUGCCCGGGAUGGCCGGGCCCAUGUCGACCAUGGUCCCGCUGGGCGGCAUGUCCCUGGGCGGCGGCGCCGGGCCCUCCGGCUCGGGCGGGUCCGGGUCCGGCAAGAAGCGGUUCCGCACUAAGUUCACGCAGGAGCAGAAGGACAGGAUGCUGGCGUUCGCGGAGCGCGUGGGGUGGCGCAUCCAGAAGCACGACGAGGCCGCCGUGCAGCAGUUAUGCGACGAGGUCGGCGUCAAGCGCCACGUGCUCAAGGUGUGGAUGCACAACAACAAGCACACCCUUGGCAAGAAGCCGUAGCGCCGCUCCGCAGCGGCACCACACCGAUCGGCUCAUCCUCACCCCCGGCCGCAUGCACACCGGAUCGGUCGAUCCCGGCCCAGGGGCGGCUGCUGAUGCGUGGACGGCGGCCGGGGCCGGCCUCCGGUAGGUACUCCGUCCGCGCAUCUUCUUCGAUUCGUUAGCGUCCGGGUCCGGCGUCCGGCGCCCUCGCGGCGGCGUAGGUUAGUUUCAGUAGUAACGCGUAGAGAGCGGCUCGAUCGAUGGUUCUUUCUUGGCUUCAUUAGGCGGUUCUUUCAUUUGUCAUUUAACCGUACUUGUUGGUGUUCGUUGUUUGUUAAUUAAUUCCUGCGGCAUGGCCAUUUGCCUGUUUGUUUGCUUCGUCUUCGUCGUCUUCUUCUCCAUGAGAAUGUACUUUGGUCUUUGCGACUCGCGCAGCCGAUCGAUCCAUCGACGGAUCGGGUGCCGUCUGCCGGCGAGGAAAUGUAUCUGGGGAUUUGCGGCUGCAUG